AAAACCACAGGGUGCUGGUCUGGUCUUCUUCCUAGGCGCACUUCGUCACGAUUCCCAAUAAGCCGAGCAGAAUCGCGGGCGCAGAGUGCCCGGAGAGGAGCGUGGUCAGUGGAGCAGACCACGCUGCAGCCAUGUCGGUGCAGGAGUACCUAGAGAAGCACCUGCUCCCGCGCAAGAUCGAGGAGGCCGUGAACGCGGCCGUCCGCGCCAAGGCCGCCGACCCGGUGCUCUUCAUCUCCACCCACAUGCGGCGGGCGGCGCCGGCCGUGAUCACGCGGGUGUGCGCGCGGCAGAUCCUGGACAGCCGCGGCGCCCCCGCGGUGGAGGUCGACCUGCACACCAACAAGGCCGUGCACCGCGCGUCCGCGGCCGGGCCUGGCGCCCCCGAGGGCGCCGCGGUCGACGCCACGAGGGACGUCGAGAAGCGGAGGCUCCUCGCCAAGGCGGUCGCCGACUCGGUGCGGCUGAUCAACGGCAAGGUGUCGGAGGCGCUCGUGGGGAUGGAUCCGCAGCAGCAGGCGCAGAUCGACCAGGCCAUCAUGGACUUGGACAAGGCACACCACAGGACUGAGGUUGGAGCGAAUGCUAUGCUGGCCGUAUCAAUUGCAGCUUGUAAAGCUGGUGCUGCUGAGAAAGAGGUUCCGCUGUACAAGCAUAUAGCAGAUCUUGUUGGUAAAAGCGCAACAACGCUUCCCGUCCCAGCAAUUACAGUCAUUAAUGGUGGAACCCAUGCUGGAAAUAAUCUUCCCAUUCAAGAAAUUAUGAUCCUUCCAAUCGGUGCCAAAAACUUUGAAGAAGCAAUGCAGAUGGGUUCAGAGACAUAUCAUCAUCUGAAGGAUAUUAUAUGGGAGAAGUAUGGUUCAGACAGUUGCAACAUUGGCGAUGAUGGUGGAUUUGCUCCUAAUAUUUCCAGUAUAACCGAAGGCCUGGAUCUUGUCAUUGCGGCAAUAGAUAGAGCUGGAUAUAAUGGAAGGAUCAAAUUAGCAAUUGAUGCUGCUGCUACUGAUUUUUGCGUAGGAAAGAAAUAUGACCUGGAGUUCAAGUCUGCAAAGAAAUCAGGGCAAAAUUUCAAAACUGGGGACGAUAUGAUUGAGAUUUAUAGUCAACUAUGUUCAGAAUACCCACUUGUCUCCAUUGAACAGCCCUUUGACAAAGAUGACUGGGAGCACUCGAAAAAGUUUACCACCCUAGAGCUAUGUCAGGUACCUAUUGUGCUUUUUAUUUUCUAUUUACUGUCAGGAGCUCAUGCCAUAAUGCAUUUGCAGGUUGUGGGAGACGACUUACUGAUGUCAGAUCCUGAACGCAUUAAGCGGGCAGUAAAUGAAUAUACUUGCGACGCUCUUACUCUCAAGGCAAGUCAAGUGGGCACUGUCACUGAGGCCAUAGAGGCUGUGAAACAGGCAAAGGAUGCUCAUUGGGGUGUGAUGGUGUCACAUAGGUCUGGGGACACAGAUGAUUCUUUCAUCGCCGACCUGGCUGUCGGUGCAGCAGCUGGACAGAUCAAAGCCGGUGCCCCCUGCCGUGGAGAGUGCCUCACGAAAUACAAUCAGCUUCUAAGAAUAGAGGAAGAAUUUGGAAGCGAAGGGGUUUACGCUGGCGAAAAUUGGAGAACUACCGCGAGCUGACUCGUGGCUCACUGGAUUCCGUUGAUGCAGUCCGGGGGGUUUCUGUAGAAAUGUGUUUUGUGCUGGCUCGGCAAAGGCAAGGAAAGAGGGUAGCUUAACAAACUGGGGAAACUUUCAGGCACACAUUUCUUAGGUGUAGUGGUUGAACUGCAGGGACUUUACUUUGAGAGAUGUUGGGCUAUGCCUUUUUUCCCUUUUCAUUUAUAUGUGGUAUGGAAUGGAUCGUGCACAAGAUACAUGAAUUUGAGAAUGGGUUUGAAGGAGUAGAGUUUUUCAUUUAUACAGUAUACACAGUUCCAAUGUA